GGAAGCCGUCUGACUCCCGGAGUGAUUUACGUCGGCCACCUCCCCCUCGGCCUGUUCGAGCCGCAGCUCAAAUCUUACUUCGAGCAGUUUGGGAAAGUCCUGCGUCUGCGGCUGUCCCGGAGUAAAAAGACAGGCGGCAGCAAAGGCUACGCGUUCGUUGAGUUCGACUGCGAUGAGGUGGCCAAAAUCGUUGCCGAGACGAUGAACAAUUACCUCAUGGGGGAGAGACUCAUCAAAUGUAACGUGGUUCCGCCGGAGAAGGUGCACGAGAAGCUGUUCGUCGGCUCCCAGAGGGAAUUUAAGAAGCCGUCUCAGCCCGCCGUGGCGCGCUACAACAAGCAGCACACGGAGGAGCAGAUCAUCAAGCUUCAAGACAAACUCCUGCGGAAAGAAUCGAAGCUCCGCAAGAGACUGGCAGCGCACGGCAUCGACUACGACUUCCCCGGAUUU